CUGUUGCCACUGGAAAGAUGCAUUACAUUUCCUUAUUAUUUAAAAAGAUAUACGUCUGCUGUGUUUCAUGUCCACAACAACUUCAACUUGCAAUUCCAAAUAAGUUUUUCUUUCUGUUGACAGGAGGGGUGGGAUUUUAAUUAGAUAAAAAAUGUUGGUUCUUGUUCUCGGAGAUUUGCAUAUUCCUCAUCGGUGCCAUAGUUUACCUGUCAAAUUUAAGAAACUUUUGAUCCCCGGAAGAAUACAACACAUCCUCUGCACCGGCAACCUUUGUACCAAAGAGUCUUAUGAUUACCUGAAAACCUUAGCAAGUGAUGUUCAUGUCGUCCGAGGAGAUUUCGAUGAGAAUAUGAAUUAUCCCGAGCAAAAAGUUGUUACUGUUGGACAGUUCCGCAUUGGUUUGUGCCAUGGCCAUCAAGUUGUACCUUGGGGUGAUCCAGAUAGUCUGGCCCUGGUUCAACGACAACUGGAUGUGGAUAUUCUUAUAUCUGGUCAUACUCAUAAAUUUGAAGCAUAUGAACAUGAAAACAAAUUUUAUAUUAAUCCAGGAUCUGCUACGGGUGCCUAUAAUCCUUUAGAUAGUGCUGUAAUUCCGUCUUUUGUUUUGAUGGAUAUACAGUCUGCCACUGUUGUAACUUAUGUUUAUCAGCUUGUAGGAGAUGAUGUUAAAGUUGAAAGAAUAGAAUAUAAAAAAGCCUAAUUCACUUCACUUGCAUUCCAUCUAAGCUACUUCUUGUACAUAGUUAUUAUAUUCCAUCGAAAUUGAAACUAAGCAUGUAAAUUGAUUUCUGAUUAUCAUUUGUUAGUUUUGAUAUACUACGUUUUUUGUCUUGUUAUAUAUUAAUAAAUGUUUACGAUAAAAUUGAAUGUUUCUUAAUAUAGUAUGUGUAAAUUGUUAAAGUAAACGCAAAUAUUUUUUUGAAAUCA